UCUCUCUGUGUAUAUUUGUUAUAUAUUUAGUGUGUGUGUGUACAUAUAUAAAUUUUUUGAGCAAAAAUCUCUGUUUGUUUUUCAGUUUUUUUGUUUAGAGAGAGGGAGAGAAGGGAAGAGAGAAUCAAGAAUGGUGGAUGAGUUCAUGGUGUGUGUUGAUAGGAUAAUAGCAUCAGCUGCAUGCUUUCAAGAACCAUCAUCGGCGGCAGCAGCAGAAGCUGUUAGUACUAGUGAGAAGAGGAGAGAGGAGGGAGAAAGUGUUGUUAGUGAAAAUGGUGGUGAUGGGAGUAGUAGUGGUGAUAAAGAUGGGGGUUUUGGUGGUGAGGGCUGUUCUUUUUCUGCUGUGAAAUCAAAAGGGAGUGUUAGAGAGUGCAGAAUUUGUCAGGAGGAAGAUGAGGAGAAAGACAUGGAGGCUCCCUGUGCUUGCAAUGGCACUCUCAAGUUUGCUCAUAGGAAAUGUAUUCAGAGAUGGUGCAACAAAAAAGGUGAUAUCACCUGCGAAAUUUGCAAUCAGGUUUUUUCACCAAAUUAUACGAGUCCCCCACCGAGAGGUAAUGCUGAUGUCUUUGCUAUUGAUAUCAGACAAGCCUGGGGUCCUCACAUUGAUCUUCGCGACCCUCGGUUAUUGGCUUUUGCAGCAGCUGAACGCCAAUUUCUGCAUUCAGAGUACGAUGACUAUGCCAUAGCAAAUAGUGGGACACUUGCCUGUUUCCGCUCGGUAGCUAUCAUUUUAAUGCUACUCUUGCUGAUACGUCAAACUCUAAUGCUCACAAGAGACUUCGGAAUGCUGCGGGAAUCAUCCGCUUUCUUCCAUUACCAGAUUUCCGUUCUUCAGCUAGCUGGUUUUCUUCUUCCUUGCUAUGUGGUGGCCCGUUCAUGGUACAUUGUACAAUGCCGAAGGAGGAGACAGGGUUGAGAAGAAGUGAUGGCAUUGGAAAAUACUGAACUUGAAGAAGCUAAGUUCUUGUUAUGCGUAAUGUAUCCGCUUUCCCUCAAAGCAUAUUUCAUAUUAAAACAUCGAACGACUGAGGAUUGAACUUUGGUGCUACAGUUAGCAGUAGAUAAAGGUGUUGAUGUUGUGUUUAUGAUUUGUACCUGGUGACUCGUGAAUCAAGUGUAAAUGUGAAUGUUUGAGUUCACUAGGUGUUUUGGCCUUUGUUUUGGAUGGAACUUGAUGUAUUCAGGCCUCUUAUGAAAUGGAUUUUUUUGUUUUUCAACCAA